AUGUCUAGCAGUCUUCAGCAUCGUGGAAAUGGACAAUUUGAGAAGCACAAGCCAAAGUCUGAUAUUGUUCCUAAUUGUUCCAAAGCCCUGGAGGCUGCCCGAAUUUGUGCCAACAAGUACAUGGUGAAAAGCUGUGGCAAAGAUGGUUUUCACAUCCGGGUGCAGCUCCACCCUUUCCAUGUCAUCCGUAUCAACAAGAUGUUGUCCUGUGCUGGAGCUGACAGGCUCCAGACAGGUAUGCGGGGUGCCUUUGGAAAGCCCCAGGGCACAGUGGCCAGGGUCCACAUUGGCCAAGUCAUCAUGUCCAUCCGUACCAAGUUGCAGAACAAGGAGCAUGUGAUUGAGGCCCUACGUAGGGCCAAGUUCAAGUUCCCUGGCCGCCAGAAGAUCUACAUUUCCAAGAAGUGGGGCUUUACUAAGUUUAACGCGGACGAAUUUGAAGACAUGGUGGCUGAAAAGCGGCUCAUCCCAGAUGGCUGUGGGGUCAAAUACAUCCCUAAUCGUGGCCCCUUGGACAAAUGGCGGGCUCUGCACUCAUGAGAACCUCAGCACUGCCCUUCCCCAUUCAUGCCCACCAAUAAAUCCUGCUUCCUGUCAAAAAAAAAAAA